AUGAAUGAAUGGAAACAAGAAAUAUUGGAAAAAUGCCAAAUCGGGGUACCACACGAAGAUAUUGAAUCAAAUGAUACAAUCAUUUUCGGUUUCAUGGUUGCCAUUUUUUUGAAACAUUUCACAGAAGCGCACCAGAAGUGUAAUUACCAUAGCUUAGUUGUUGCACAUUUCCAUGAGUGGCAAUCAAGUGAGUGA